UCUCCGUGGAAACUGUCUACACUUUACAACCCCUUAGCACACCACAGAAAUAGAAAGAUACCCUACGCUAUAUAUGCCAAUUCAUACGCACCCACCACUUUCGCUUCUGCUUCUUUUCCUUCUUUUCCUUCUUUUCUCUUCCUUUAGGUUGCUGUUGAAGAUGGGGAGAGGUAGGGUUCAGCUGAAGCAGAUCGAGAACAAAAUCAACCGCCAAGUCACCUUCUCCAAACGCAGAACAGGAUUGCGCAAGAAGGCUCAUGAAAUCUCUGUCCUCUGUGAUGCUCAAGUAGCACUCAUUGUCUUCAACUCCAAAGGAAAACUCUUCGACUUCUCCUCUGAAUCCAGCAUGGAAAAUGUUCUGGAACGAUACGAGAGACAUGCCCAUUUAGGGCAACUCGUUGGAGAUGGUGAUGAAUCACAGGGAAACUGGUCCUUGCAAUGCUUCAAGCUCACCGGAAAAGUUGAGGUCUUAGAGAGGAACUUAAGGAACUUUGUGGGACAAGAUUUGGAUCCCUUGAGCUUGAGAGAGCUUCAGAGUUUGGAGCAUCAGCUUGACACAGCUAUAAAACGCAUCCGAACUAGAAAGAAUCAAGUUAUGAACGAAUCCAUCUCAUAUCUCCAGAAAAAGGCAAAAGAAUUGCAAGAGCAAAAUGGCAAGCUUGCAAAGAAGAUUAAGGAGAAAGGGAAGGAAGUGGCUGAACGUGCAAACUGCGGGCAAGAAACCUUAGGUCUAACAUGCCCUCCAGAGUUACAACCACAACAAAGAGUACUAGUUCCUUCUUUAUCAAUCGGAGAGACUUUACGAGCAGCAGCACCUCUGGUGGAAGUGAUUGAAGCACGAACAGUUCCUUGUACCACCACCCUCAAUAUCCCACCAUGGAUGCUGCAUCAUUUUACAAGAUAAAUCGCAUGCAUGACACCGUUAUGGUUGUGAUAUGUAUGGUGCGUGUUCAAAGCAUAAACCACGUGGCCUAUAUCUAUUUAUGUAUGUCAGAAACAGUGUUAUGAGUUCGAUAACUUUUCAUUCUUGUAUGUCACGUGCCCUUCAAAUUUGACGUUUGCCAAAAAAGCAUCAUAGGCGAAGGCCACAUAAUGCAAGUGGAUAAUCUUGCAUGUAAAUGACAUGCUCUACUGAUUUUAAUCAAUGGAAACAUGCAGUUAUUUUUGGCAAA